GGAAAGUCUACCAAACCUACCACAAAGAAGAAACAAGAGAGAGUUCCUUGAAUGUAAAGAGAGAGGAAGAAUAGGAGAAGUGAUCAGCCCUCGCGAGCUUAGAGGCUUUCAAACUAUUUGAUACAGUUCAGUUUCAAAGACUUUGUUAUUUGAAAUACCAUUAUCUACUGGGAAGAUGGAGAUGGGCUCUGGAGAAGAGCGCGCUCACUGGAGCGUCUUUGAUAAGGUUAAAACUAUUCCUGCUACACCUGAAGCACUAAUGGCUCAGAUAAACAGUGCCAUAUCUGCGCUUGAGUAUGCUCGUGCUGCAGCUUUGUUGCAGUCCCCAUGUACCCCAAUCUCCAACAAGAAGAAUUCAUCAAGAAGUGCGAAUCCAGCAUAUGAUGCUCGAGGGGCAGAUGAAGCUUAUAGGGCAGGUUUAGCUGCCAUGGCUGCUGGGAAGCCUGAAAAAGCUGUCAAUUCUUUGAAUGUUGCCCUUUCCAAAUGCCCCCCUGAGAAGACUUGUGCUGUUGCUAAGAUUCAAUCGCUUAUCUCAGUUAUAUCCAAACCUCAGAAGUCUUCCAAAUGAGCUAUUGCCACCUCUUCCAUCUAACUUUUGGCGUCACUUGUCAUUGAUUGGUCCAGUAUGUUGGCCCCUGGAAGUAGGAGAUGGUGGGUUGUUUGGUCCAGUUGUUUCCUCCUCUACUAGCCGAGGGUCUAUCGGAAACAGCCGAGACGUAGGGGUAAGGUUUGUGUACACACUAUCCUUCCCAGAUCCCACCCAUGGGAUUAUACUGGGUAUGUAUGUUGUUGUUGUUGUUGUUUCCUCCUCUACUGCUUUAUUGUACUUGAUUGCAAAAAACUUAAGAAGAUGAAUAAUUUUACUGACUUGGAUAGAUGGGGCUUGUUCAGACGCCCCAGAUUCGACGUUGUCUGCCUUGGCAUCAUGGUUUGCUGAUUGAUCAAUCGAAACUCUGAAUUGGAAUCACCACCACGGCCACUGCCCGUUGAUUCAGUGCUUCAGAACUCUGCAUAUUACUAAAGUAAUUAGCUAUUGGAGCAAUCCAAAUGAUGACCAUUGCUUAAAGCCCCCAAAUCCACAAGAAAACAUUGAUAGAUUGGGUCAAUUAUCCUCUCUGUCCUCCUUUACUUUGUAGCAAUUUGUUUUGUUUUCUUAUAUCUGAAAUCCUGUGCUAAUCAAUAAGCAUAUAUCUCUAAGCUUGGGUGCAAAAAGAAAUCAAAUUUUGCUUCCAAUCCA